CUUUGUGGGCUGUACAUGAUACAACAGUCUUGCAGAGCAUUUUGGCUGAAGCACACUGACCACCGGAGAUAGCUCCUUUGUUGCGCCUUUCAAGCCUCCACUUGACCACGUGAUGGUGCGCGUAUUCAACUUGAGUGGUGAAGAAGUCAUGAACCGCACAGAGGUGCUGAGUGUUGAAGAACUUUCUCGAGAGGUUGCAGCUGCAAUGGGUGCGCAUUGCCGGCUGAUGCUUCACGAUGGAUCACCCUUGACGGAUGGGGCGGUGUCGGUGGAGGAGGUGACGGCCGUGGUCAGCAGCACCAGUGUGUGGCUGGAGACGUGGCUGAAGUUCUUCGGCUUGGUGCAGGAGGAUGGCACACCCUUCUCGGAGACGUUCAGUCGAGAGGACCUGGAGAUGAUGGCUCUGAAACUGGGACAUGCAGCCUUGCAAAGAUCACUUAACAGUUUUGGCUAUCAGCAGUUCGUUACUUGGCCUUUCGAUUGUCCUGCGCCGGAGACCUUCGAGAAAGGCAGCAUGGCCUUGCCUUUCACGGCGGAGAUCUUGCCGGCCGGCACGUGUUUGCGAUUCUCUUGCGCUCCCGGCCCUCGUGGUCCUGAAGGAAUCAGGACCCUGUCAAAAGCCAUGACCGUGUUGGACGUCAUGCGCCUCACCCUCAACAAUGGCAUCAAAAGCAGUGACCCAGAAGCAGCGCGGCUAUUGGCUUCACCGGAGGCUAAGAAGGUUGGAGCGACCGAUCUAAAUCGAAAGGGAAAGGUCAUGGAGCUUGAGCCACCGGAUAUUCACUUCUUGUUCUUCUGGGAAUUCGGAAGCUUGGACGACUGGUUCUGGUGAGCAGAGCCCUUCCGAGCCCAGCUCAAAGCUGGGGUCGUGGAAACACUGAACUCGCCAGAUGGUGAUGAAGUCAAAGUAUUUAGCCGGAUCAAGACUAAGAGGAUCAACGGAUGUUGGAGUUUUUUUCUUUCUGACCCACCCCUGCUUGAAAUGGGGAAGUGGAACAAAAAGGGAGAAGUACCCCUGCUUGGGGCAACUGGGAAUUGAUGACCGUUCAGCGUUUCAGAUCUGCUGAACCUUUAAACAGUGAGGCCAGAACCGUGUCCCAGGGAAAAUGUCUUUGGUCAUUCCGCAUUCCUGUUUGACCAAUAAGGUUUUGUACCUGGCCGCUUUGCAUAUGAAGUCAUCAUGGAUUGACUCCUCUUGACUCCUUGAAGAGUUGGAGCACAUCGCCACAUCGC